CGGCCACAGCAACCCACACUGCACGAUUCGCAGCCUCAUCAAUUCCAACGCCAUUCCCGACGACAUGAACCGUUGAAACCACGUGAACACAUCACCACAACCCGAUCCGAACACAAGAGCGACGGCGACAGAACCAUAAGCGACAGACAGCCUUACAAAGAAAAUUCUUUGCCCACUGGCGAUAAAAGAAGAAAACAAUAAGAGACAAGUGACGGAAAGAACCACGGGACUUCGCUCUGCCAACCGAACCUAAUCGACGUCUGCGGAUACCUGCAACAAUAAUGGCCGCUCUGCCUUUUCACCCGAGAUGACGUCCCGGCCCUCUCUGGCCGUCCAGCAGCAGCGGCAGCCCACGAGAUCGCUUAGUGGUGGCCCUCCGAUGAGGCAGUCGGGCCCUCCUCCUCCUCCCCAGCGAACCUUGAGCCAGUCCUAUCUGCCGCACGACCUUGCCGGCGACGUCGCUCCUCGAAAUGGCGCCAGCAUACGUCGAGGAGGCUCGCGCCUCAAGUUGGAACUUUGCAACGACUCCUUUGGCCACUUGCCCUCCCUCGCCGAUUCGCCCACCACCGCUAUCGACUCCUCCAAGGCCUUCACACCCUCGCGCAUCAUGUCCAUGGCCGAUAGCGCCUCCGAUAUCGAUAUGGGCGCACUGAGCCCCAAUAACCCAAAUCGUGUAUUACCAGACGGCAUGUCUAUGCUUGACACGCCGUCCGAACCCCCAAACACUGCCCUACCGAUGCCGCGGCGUCGCAAUCGAUUCCCCGUACCCGAUCCUCGUAGAAAAUCCGCGCCGGCACCUCCUCCACCGCUUAAGAAAGAUGCAAGACCGAGGCCCUGGGCAAUCGAGACGCCGAGCAUCGCGCCCAAAUAUCACCAACGCACCCCAGAUCCUCAUGCCCCAGGAGUAGCGACUCGAGGUACUCCUGCAUCAAGCAGAGCAGGAUCUUCCACAACUAGCGGAGCGCAAGUCGGCCAUUGCGCCGAUUUCUUUCCCUGGGUUGGUGACCACCCGGAGGAUCAUUUUUCACAUAAAAUCAUUACAGAGGGACACUACGAGCGUCAACCAGGUCAGCACGAGACCUCUUCGGCCAGGAACUAUGUUUUCCAGGCCCUCAAACAAAACCGAGGACUGCAGGGUCUAUCGCUUGUAUACAGCGAGGUCAUGAGGCACAGAAGAGAUAUUGGCCAAGUAGUAGCACCACCAAGCUUCAAGCCACCACCGCGAGUGACUUUGACGGAUACAAAACGUGAGGUUUGGCUGAGGGACCUUGCGAACCCAGCCAUUACGUUACGCCGGCUCAGCCGGACGAUACCGCAUGGUAUUCGCGGCCGAGUGUUACUUGACCAGUGCCUCAACAAGAAGGUUCCUGCCGAACGUGCUGUUUGGCUUGCAAAAUGCGUCGGCGCCAACGAAAUCCGCGCAGUCAAGCGCAAGGGAGCCAACGGUGCUCUGGUUAUGGGUGGCGAGGCCAAGUGGAUUCGCGACUGGACUAUUUGUGUCGAACAGUUUGUCGAAACCUCAGUUUUACUUGUUGCCUCUUCCGACUGGAACAAGUGGAGGGCUGACUAUGCUGUACGCCUUGCACGCCAUUUGUUUUGCGCCGAACUCCUCGAUAAAGAUCAUUACUUAGAAUGGCUAGUUGCGGGCGUGGAGAACAGCAACUUCUCCAAACUCCCCUUUCGGCUCGUUUUAUCUCAAAUACACUGGAAAGACAUUCUCCGCCUCAGGAAACAUGGCCGAAGAUUGGUCUGCGAUAUCCUUAACCACCUUCAAACUAUACAGGCACACCCCGACCGCGAGCUGUUCCAACCUUUGGAAGAUCAACUCACUUCAACAGUUCGAAGUCUAAUGAUGAUGGCGCCGGAGAGCUUUGUGUUGCCUUCAAAAUGGCCAAAACUACGAUCCACAGUCCAGAAUAUCUUGCCGCCUGAUGACUGGCCGUUACAAACAGUCUUUCGAACUAUUGAUAGUCGCAACGAACAGUUAACCGCCGGUUGUGUUCGAUCACAACCUGCGGCUCGAAGUGUAUUGAUCAAAGUGCUUGACAAUGCACUGCAGUCAUCGAUUCCCGAGGAUUUAUCUGCCCGCUGCUUGGCCGUCAACAAGGAUAUCGGGGCUGUUGCCAGGAUCCUGCUGGAAUGGGCAACCUCUUCCCAGCGACCCGGAUCGACCAAGAUAUAUAUUGCUGCUUAUCUUCUCAGCACCUGGGCGUCUCUACCUGGCUUCGGAAUCACUGAUACUAUCCUUAGGUUCAUUGGUUCUACUGCGAUUCAAGAUAGCCUGCGUAAGGAAUUCAUAUUCCAUUUAGUCGCCGAACUGGUCAGAGCCGAACUGUUCUCGAUGGAAAGGUACAUACAAUGGCUUAUCGCACGAGGUGGUGUCAAAAAUCCCACCGAUGUGGAACCUGACGGACCUGCGGAUACUCGCCUUCUGGUCGAACUCCCAAUAAACGCAAUAAGCGAAUCUCUGAAAAACAUCCGAGCCAGCAUGCUAAGGAGAGCAACUUACCCCGUCGCGGACCAGAACCGAGAGAUUGAGAACGCCAUCGACAUCACGAAGCGUAUAAUGGGCUGGGGUCAACUUGCGUUCCCGGGGAAGCAUGUUCCAAAUAUGUCUUUGCAGAAGUUCACGAAACGACUCACAAGGGCUGGCUUUCAGGUAAAACUGCAGGUUGCGGUCUGGCUGCGAGGGGCCUUUAUGGACACAAUCAAGUCGCAACAGGCCUCUGGUCAGAAGGAAGGGCUUGGCAGCCUAUCCGACACCAUUUUCUGCAAUGUGCGCAGGAUAUUGGAAGCCUGUGAGGACUUUCGUAUGCUGGGUGAAGUCAUCCAGGCUCUUGUGCCAAUGACUAUGUGUGCAGACAUUCUGGCGUCCUGCAGUGACACCCUAACUAUGCACACUCAGGUCUUUGCCGCUCUGAGGCAGCUCAACCCACUAUCGGACUGUCUUAUGUCGAGACUGACCCCAAUAGUCGCCGAAGAAACCGGCCCAGGAGUUAGACGGUUGCUGGCAUCCAUCACCGGUCUAGUGGCUUGCUUACCCGGCAAGGAAGACCUGGCUGUUAAGCUCGGCAUGGACCUCCUGCGCUAUGACAGAAGUUCGGCCAUCGAUGCAUGCUCCCCGGUGUCAGAUAAUAACCCCGACGGCGAUUUGCAGGAAGAAGGGGCCAUCGAGCGACUACUUGCCAGCGGCAGUAGUAUGGACAAGCCGACAUUGGAGCGUCUCUUCGGCACUCUAGUCGACACUCUCAGGCCAAACAGCGCCGAUGACAAUACAGAGAAAUUCAGAAGCUCAAUCAGUCUACUCACAAAACUGCGCGUAUUCGACUCGGAAUACUUCGAUUCCCAGAUGACGAAGUGGAUUCAGACUCGAAGCAAGUCAUCCGGCGCCAUCGAAAUCCUACGGCUUUAUCCGCUCAUGAUCUCUUGCGGCUGCUUGAGCUUGCCCCUCCUCCUGACUGCGCUAUACGGAGACGCGUUCACCCAAGAUUCAGCUACAACAAGCGGAGCGAGGCCACCGUUAUUUCACCAAGAAGUGAUCAAGCUACUCAUUCGGCCACUUUCCGAACGCUCAUCUACUUCCAUGUCAACGGAUGAGCAGUAUCGAUUUCGAAUCGCACAAUCCCUGGUUGUCAAGAAACAGCCCGUUGCGUUUCUGACCGUCAUGAGACUGGCCAUCGGCGAGUUUGCAGGAAGUCCGACUGAAGGGAGAUCCAAUAUGCCACUCGCCGAUAAGAUCCUACGCACUUCUAUACGCUCGGCCCUCAUGGAACUAGCACUCGGGGAUUCGAGCAUGGUUGCCCGUGUUCUGCUGAACAACAAGCAAGCGAAUGCAGCCGAAGUAGCGGCAUUACUAGAGACUGAAAUGGACAAGAUCCUACUACCCGCAAAAACAGGUUUCGGCGACGCAGACUCGGAGUCAGCUGUGCAUAUCUCAUUCGAAGAGAUCCUCCAACUGACAAACGAACUCACACUACCGUUUUGCCAGCUGAAACUCCGCGCAAGCCUCGCUGCAGAGAGCUCAUCGUUAGCAGGUGGUCACGCUGGUGAUGCUGGCCAACGUCUACAAUCGCAGCUUGAUCUCUUUGCAGGCGCCAUGGAUAAAGCCAUAGAUGCUCGAAACAUGACGUGGACAGGGUUGCUUAGCUGUCUCAACCCGGAGAUUACGCAGCAUCUCAAGAACAGAGCACAGGCGCGCUUUCUUGACAUGCUGCCAUCAACUAGCAAAGAGCCUUUGGGCCUAGUAUCCAUGGAGAUAGAUGCGCCCGGGCCAGACCUGAAGGAAUGUGACGAGAUGGCGGAGAGCCUGGUGUCGGUAGUUGAUGCGAUUGUCAGGGGUGGUUCUAUGGGCCGCCCGCCGCAGCUUGUGCCGGCCAUGGCCGAUAAGCUCAUGGAUCUUUGGGAGAUCCUGACGAUGAGCCCGAUGUCUGCAGUCCAAGCAGAUACCCGCCAUGCUGUCCAGAAGCACUGGCUUCCGCACCUUUUGACGUUUAUAACGUUGCACACGGCGACUUUUGACACGUCCAAGGCUAGUAUCGAGGUGCGGGCCCGUGCCGUUCUGGCGCUCUCGGGUAUUAUGAUAGAGCUCUCCAAUAGCCUGAUGGCUCCGGCAGACUCUUCAGCAUCUUCUGAACCGAACCCAUCGGCUCUCAUACAGCGCGUUUUUGACUCGGCGCUAGUGUUAGUCGACAGCCUUCCAGAAGACGUACGAAUGGGGGUGGGUCGAGUUAUUCUCGAGAGCACGUCCGACUCCAGGCUGCGUUAUCUCAUGAGUUGGAUACCGGAUCCAGGGGCCGACAGGCACUAUUUGGUCCCCGGAGUAGGGGUCACAGCCGCAGGAAGCGGAUCAGACCCGAGGAGGGCUGCCCUUAUAAGUCAGCUGACAGCAGCUCCUCCAGAGUCUAAGGGGAAGCCUUUCGCGCCGAGGCGGUGGGAGCUACUCAACGAGCCCACACCGAACAUUGGCGAGAAUGACAGCAGUCUGAGCUUGACGCUGUUCAGGGCUUUCAAGUUGCAAUAACCAUAAUUCCUUUUGUAAAUACCCCCAUGCAUUCUUUUUUCUCUGUCGGGUUUAGGUUUAUCUUUUCUUGGGAAAGUCUCAUUGUUUGGCGCGUCGCAUUGCAUGGGAGAUCGGAUGAUUAUUCCAAAGUCAUGGGCAUGAGAACGAACGGGGGCGUGGUGUUGGUGUGUCCUUGGGAGAUUGGGUUUCUCAUUACGAUACUUUUUUUUUCUACUAUCAUACCAUAUAGUCUAACUUUAACUUUCUGUGUAUAGCGAUUUUUUACCGCCAUAAUUCCCUUUCUCUCUCCCUCUUCCCUUCUCUAGUAUGUUCUCUUCCUCUCCUGUCGCGGUUUUCGCUGCAGAUUCUGUAACAAAGCAACACGAAGGACGAGACGGGACAACCGGGGAGUUUUGAUGGGGACCGCAGAGGGCGACUUUUGCUAUCCCUGGGAAGUAUGUAUAUACGGUAUAUCCAGGGCCAUACUGUAUGGUACCCAAGUGUUUUUUUUUUAUUCGACUUUCAUUUUGACCUCGCACCGUUAACAUGGA